AGUUUCCCAGGUGGUGGUGCGGCAGCCAUUCUGAAGUCGGGUUUUCCCCACUUACCUGAGGUUUUUUGAAUCCAGCGGCGGCAGUUGUCGCUGGCACAGGUUUGGCGUGAUGGCGCCAGUGUCGUGGAUCUGGGGCGUUCUCGUCCAAGGCUUGGCACCAACUCCCAUCUGAUGUCUGCGUAUUAUCAGGUAUUGCAUCCCUACUUAUCUCUUCAAUCUAACGUGACUGUACCUCGGAUAUCCCAACUGAGAGAGCAAGGGCAGAAGACGCCACGGAGCCCGACCCCUGCCACAGGUUAUGAGUAGGAAUCUGAACUGGUCUGAGCAGCUCAAUGCACUUCCCAAUACUACUGAUGGAAAUGUGGCUCGGAUUAAGCAACGCCUGUAUCCUCUUGGGGUCUCCACUGCGGGGGACCUGGCUGGGACCUGGAUUUCCUCUCAUCACUUGCCUCCCCAGUCAAGAGUACAAGCUCAACAGCCUUUGGCUCUAGAGACUCUCCCAGUUCCAGAAGGACUGAACUGGCCUGAAGCCUACAGACCAUCCUCUCUCUGGGACGCAGUUACUAUCCUCCGAUCCCAGCUUCGAUCUCAGGUUCAGGUGACUGAGGUGCUAAGGCAGGCUGUUCAGAGCCUGCUGGAAGAGCGAGAGCAGCAGAAGUACCAGAUCAGUACCCUGGAAGCAUCACUAAGGUUGUUCAAGGGAGGCCCAGAGGGGAGGCUUCUUCUCCUGGAGCAGCGCCUGGAGGAGCUGAGAAGGGAACUGCAGGGACUUCGGAGCCAGGUGCAGGAGCAGGCCCAAGCCCAAGCCCAAGCUCAAAUGCAGACAGGACCAGGAAAAUACAGUGCUACGAAUGGUCUUCAUCGGGAGCUGCAGACUGAGCGGCAACUGCUGUGGGAGGAUUCAGAGAUUUUGCGAGAAGAACUGAAAUUGCUGCGGGACCAGCUGAGCCACCACCAGGAGCUGCUGCUGAAACAGAUGGCUGAGGGGCGGCUGGGUCCAGCUCGCAGUUGGAAGAUGUUGGAGCAGCUGCAAAAUGACCAGGAGGCUGCCAGGACAGAGGCUCAGGAUUCCCGGCGGGAGCACAACCUCACAGAUUUCCAAAGGAGAAGCACCCUUUCUAACCUGGAGCCCAGCAGCUUUUGGCCCCAUACCCAGAGUCUUGAGCAAGAAGACCUAUUCCUUCAGGGCCCCAAGAUGCUCCUGAGUGACCUGUAAGGACUUACAAGAGUAGUGGGAUGAGGCUUCUUUGCCCAUCCUCCCCUCCAAGGCCCUGUUUCUGGCUUUCCUGCCCUUUCACUCUUGAUCUAGUUAUCUGUCCUCUCUACUGAGGCUUUUCACUGCCUGCCCAACCUUGUUCUCCACCUGAAAUAAAAUGGUUUAACCCUC